CGGCGCCUGCGCAGCACGGGCCCCGGAGAUGGGCAGGGUUUAGCUGCUCUCGCCCGCUGUGAGGAUGGACAGCGAGGUGCAGAGGGAUGGCAGGAUCCUGGAUCUGAUCGAUGAUGCGUGGAGAGAAGAUAAAUUGCCCUAUGAGGACGUGGCCAUCCCUCUGAAUGAGCUCCCUGAACCAGAGCAAGACAACGGUGGCACCACUGAGUCUGUGAAAGAGCAAGAAAUGAAGUGGACAGAUUUGGCUCUCCAGUAUCUCCAUGAAAACGUUCCACCCACGGGAAAUUAGUGAAUCAGUGGGAUUUCAUACAGUGGAUACAUGAAUGCAACAUAAAAAUAUUUUUUGGCUGACCAUUGCUGUCAUAAGCUGCCCCAAGGAGGAAACAACAUUCUGGAAACUUUCAGAUUCCAACAGUGGUUCUGCUCACAAUGAAGAGUUUUAAAUGCUUCUUUCUUGAAUGUGAAAUAGCAGAGGCUCUAACAUCUCAGAGCCAAGUGCAAAAUGUUUCAUGCUUCUAAGAUUAUUUCAUGUUUUCUGUUAAAUUGUUCUUAAGUUGGUGCCAAUUCUGAUCUUAAACGUUUUCUACACAUGAUUAAAAAGUUUUUACUGUCUCAAA